AUGGCGUCGACACCUUCGUUGUCCAUCCGUGGAAAGGCCGCCUUUGCCAGUGCCAGGAAGCUUGUGCGCCCCAGCUGUGUGAUGUGGUCGAGCAUGGUGGCAGCGGCAUACAGCAAGCUCGGCCAGCUUCGCGAUAUCAAGGCACAGUUCAGGUAUGGAGAGUGGACAGGAUAUCAAGGCACAGUCCAGGGUGUGACGAUCCCUUCGCAGAGGCGCUACGUCUACUACUACAGCUACCUGGUGACCCACGCGCUGGAGUACCGCUCCACGCCCGUGCUGCUACACAAGAUCACCUUCGAGACAAUCCCCAUGUUCAGCGGAGGCACCUGCAACCCACACCUGGUGGUGUACAAAGAGAAGAUGAAGCUGCUUUCGUUGUCGUGCGUGAGGAGGGAGGACCGCUGUUUGGUCUUCACGCUGCCCCGGGCGUUACUCCUCUGUGAGGACGUCAAGAUGGAGUUCUUCAACAAGCAGAACAUGAUGAUGAAAAAGAUGUUCCACUUCUGGAUCAACACUUUCUUCAUCCAGGAGGGGCUCCCCUCCAGCGGCGGCGUGGGGGGCGGCUACAUCGGUGCCCCCCCCGCUGGCCUCAACGGAGCCCCCCCCGAAGUCGGAGCCGGGGGAGCCGGGGGGGGCACCGCGGCCGCCUCCGCCGUGGGGGGGGCAGCGGGGCCCCCCCCCGGGAUGUCCGGGGGGGGCGUGGGGGGCGCUCCGGCUUGCGUGCAGCUGGAGGUCGGUCCAGGGGGAGUGACGCGUUUCCUGACGCUCACCCUCAACAAGGCCGAGCUGGACAAGGCCAACAAGGACAAGGCCAACAAGUGCUUCUCUCCCAACUUCAAGGUGAAGCUCUACUUCACAGCGGCGAGCGAGGAGCGAGUGGCCGAUGCGGCCGCCGCCGACACGGCCGCCGCCGCCGCUGCAGCAGCAAUGGCCUCCUCCUCCUCCUCUUCGUGGUCGUCCACCUCGUCGCUGGCCAACAGCCCGGGCCCCACGCAGCCUCCUCCCCAGGGGGGCGAGAGGCCUCCCUCCUCCUCCUCCUCCUCCAUCUGCGGAGCGGCCGAUGGCGGCGGCGGCGCUGCGGGGACGAUGGCGUGGAUGGCGGGCGGCGGUGGCGGACACCACCACCACCACCAUCAUCAGCACCUCCACCUUCUUCACCACCACCAGCAACAGCAGCAGCAGCACGGUGGUGGAGCUGCGGUCGGGCCGGGCGGUCGACCCCCGGCCCCGAUUCCCGGUGGUGGCGGUGACUGCUACGGCGUUGGCGGUGGUGGAGUUGGUGGCGGCGUUGGUGCGGGUCUCUGUCCGGCGGACCUGCCGGACGCAGACGCCGAAGACUUCCACUACUCGGACACGUCCGAGUCGGACCCCGAGAUGGACACCAUGGACCCCGAGCAGCAGCAGCAGCAGAUCACCAAGGUGUGACGGCGGAGAGAGAGAGAGAGAGAGAGACACGGCACGCGGGGUGGGGCGGUGAUGAUGAUGAUGAUGGAGGUGGAGACAUGGGGAGGAGGAGUAGGAGAUGGAGGAGGUGGAGACAUGGGGAGGAUGAGGAGGAGAUGGAGGAGGAGAUAAUGGAGGAGAUAAUGGAGGAGGAUGAGAUGAGGAGGAGGUGGAGACACGGGGAGGAUGAGG